UACCUCCAUUCUGCUGCGAUUCCAAUUGGGCGCUCGUGGCAUAUCCCUCUCGCGUCCUUUUAAUCCACGAGUCUUGUCUGAAAAACGCAGAGGCGAGGUGCAGGUACACAGUUGCUGGGACGAAGUAUAUAAUCUAUUGGAAUUAAAACAGUGGGACUGCCGGAUUCAAAUAAAUGGAAUAUGGGGAAAGUCCUUACCUGUUCAUUAUGGGAUUUUGGGGAAUGCCAUGGCCUACAGGAGACAUCUUCUCUCUGAGUGGAUACAGGCAAUAGGUUUUUAGGAUGCGUUCCCUGAGGAAGACAGUGUUGUUGGCCAUUGUGGCAUCAGUGGUGUUGGUGGUUGCCCUCCUCCAUUCUUGGCCCACCAGGGCCUACACCACAGUGGAUGUCCGCCAGAGACCAGGGCCUAUAGUAGAGAGGCACCUGGAGGAGAGGCUCCCAGAACCGGACCAAAGAUCUGCCAACAUCCCCUAUCGCCUGAAGGAGAGUGUUGCAGGUCUGUUGGCACGUAACGGGUGCGUGUGUGAGGGUGAGAGUGGUGGUGUGAACCUGCCCUUUGCCCAGCUGCUGUUCCCACGGGUGUCGGCCCACCCCCUGCACACUGCUUUUGAUGCCUCUGAGCUGGAGGAGAUGAAAAGACGGAGGGCCAAGGAGUACCAGGGCUUCCAGAUGAGGUCUCAGACUCCUGCAGAUAUGCUCAUCGUGGCCGAGGCCCACAAUCCUCUGCAGUACCCAACACAGGGGGUGGAAGUCCGGCCACUCAAAACCAUCCUCAUCCCAGGGCUUGCCUUACAAGACCUUCCCAGAGAGCUAUACACAGUCAACUUCACCUCCACCCUGGGAGUGUUAAAUGUGGCAGCGGAGGUUGAGGGGGUAAAGGUCAAAGGUGACGGAGAGAUGCACAUGACCCUGAUGAGCAGCCUGCUGCCCAACCUGAACCGGCAGUUACAGUUUGUCUCCUACACCAACACACUGUUCCACCCUAGUACAGCAGACACAGUGCAGUUUGAGACCGAGGGACACCAAGCCAUGUUCAUCAUCAAGAUCCGUCAUCGUGUAACUCCAAAACUCUACAACACAGGACCCAAAGGGGAAUACAACAUCAGUGCCCUUGUUACGAUAGCAACCAAAACUUUCCUGCGCUAUGACAAGCUCCAAGAUCUCAUCGACAGCGUGCGACGAUACUAUCCCACUGUUACCAUAGUAAUAGCUGAUGACAGCGAAAACCCCAAGACUGUCUCUGGCCCCUACAUCGAACAUUACAUCAUGCCAUUUGGAAAGGGAUGGUUUGCAGGACGGAACCUAGCUGUUUCCCAGGUGACCACUAAAUAUCUGUUGUGGGUGGAUGAUGACUUCAUUUUCACGGCCAACACCAAGCUGGAGAAACUAGUGGACGUACUGGAGAAGACCACCCUGGAUCUGGUGGGUGGUGCAGUGCGGGAGGCCACAGGCUACACUGCCACCUACAGGCAGACCAUCUCCAUUGAGCAAGGGGAGGAGGAGGAGGGCGACUGCCUGCACAUGCGGAGGGCCUUCCACCACAUCAUACAGGGCUUCCCAAACUGUGUGGUCACUGACGGGGUCAUCAACUUCUUCCUGGCCCGCACAGACAAGGUCCAGCAGGUGGGCUUCGACCCCCGCCUGGCCAGAGUGGCCCACCUGGAGUUUUUCAUUGAUGGCCUUGGCUCGCUUCACGUGGGAUCCUGUGAUGAUGUCAUCGUCAAUCACGCCACCAAGAUCAAGCUUCCCUGGGUCAGCCAAUCAGAGAGUGACAAGACUUAUGCCAAGUUCCGCUACCCACCAGCCUCCUCGGACGCCACACACACCAAAAAUGGCCUCCUCUAUUUUAAGAACCACUUCCAGUGUUUGACUCACAAUUAAAUGUCAUGUUUUUUUUACCUGUAGCUUCUCCUCUCGUUCAAGAUUCCUGCUCUUCCUGAGUUGCCAAAGAAUCCCUCGCCCGAUGUGUCCCAUCAGAUAAGAUUUUAGACAACCACAUUACAUGCUUUCCCUUAAAAACAGCCUGCUUGUUUCACUCUAGAGGGAUUGUCAUUCAAACAGAGCAAAGCUGUCAUUUCUCGUAACUUUGCCCUUCACUUGUGUACUCUUGAUUGUAAACUCAAGGUAGAGAUAAUUUUAAGGCAUUUACAGUGCAUUCACCCCUUUGAUAUUUUCCAUAUUUUGUUACAUUACAGCCGUAUUCUAAAAUGUAUUAAAAAAAAAUUUCCCCCUCAUCAAUCUACACACAUAUUGGGGCGGCAGGUAGCCUUGUGGUUAGAGCAUUGGGCCAGUAUCCGAAAGGUUGCUAGAUUGAAUUCCCGAGCUGACAAGGUAAAAAUCUGUCGUUCUGAACAAGACAGUUAACCCACUGUUCCUAGGCCAUCAUUGUAAAUAAGAAUUUGUUGUUAACUGACUUGCCUAGUAAAAUAAAUAUUGACAUAGCAAAAACAGGUUUUUAGAAAUGUUUGCAAAUGUAUUAAAAAUACAAAACUGAAAUAUGACAUUUACAUAUGUAUUCAGACCCUUUACUCAGUACUUUGUUGAAGCAACUUUGGCAGCAAUUACAGCCUCUAGUCUUCUUGGGUAUGCUGCAAGCUUGGCACGCCUGUAUUUGGGGAGUUUCUCCCAUUCUUCUCUGCAGAUCCUCUCAAGCCCUGUCAGGCUGGAUGGGGAGUGUCGCUGCACAGCUAUUUUCAGGUCUCUCCAAAGAUUUUUCGAUCGGGUUCAAGUCCAGGCUCUGGCGGGGCCACUCAAGGACAUUGAGACUUGUCAUGAAGCCACUCCUGAGUUGUUUUGGCAGUGUGCUUAUGGAUGUUGUCUUGUUGGAAUGUGAAACCUCGACCCAGUCUAAGGUCCUGAAUGUUCUGGAGCAGGUUUUCAUCAAGGAUCUCUCUCUGUACAUUGCUCUGUUAAUAUUUCCCUCGAUCUUGACUAGUAUCCCAGUCCCUGCUGCUGAAAAACAUCCCCACAGCAUGAUGCUGCCACCACCAUCCUUCACCGUAGGAAUGGUGCCAGCUUUCCUCCAGACUUCACGCUUGGCAUUCAGUUCAAAGAGUUCAAUCUUGGUUUCGUCAGACCAGAGAAUCUUAUCUUAUCCUUUAGGUGCCUUUUGGCAAGCUCCAAGCGAGCUGUCAUGUGCCUUUUACUGAAGAAUGGCUUCCGUUUGGCCAUAUAGGCCUGACUGGUGGAGUGCUACAGAGAUGGUUGUCCUUCUAGAAGGUUCUCCCAUCUCCACAGAGGAACUCUGGAGCUCUGUCAAAGUGACUAUCUGGUUCUUGGUCACCUCUCUGACCAAGACCCUUCUCCCCUAAUUGCUCAGUUUGGCCAGGCGGCCAGCUCUAGGAAGAUUCUUGGUGGUUCCAAGCUUCUUCCAUUUAAGAAUGAUGGAUCCCACUGUGUUCUGUGUAUUUCUGUUUUUAUUUAUUUUUAAAUACAUUUGCAAACAUUUCUGAACCUGUUUUCGCUUUCUCAUUAUGGGGUACUGUGUGUAGAUUGAUGAGGGGUAAACUAAUUGAAUACAUUUUAGAAUAAGGCUGUAACGUAACAAGAAGUGGAAAAAGUCAAGGGGUCUGAAUAGUUUCCGAAUGCAGUGUAUGUGCGUUUUGUACCUCAAAUCUUAUCUGACGCCUUGCCACUGAGUCCUCUUGUUAAAGAGACAGAGAACAAAAAGAUGCUGAAUUCCUAUCGAUGGCACAAUUGGUUGACAUUUAGGAAAAGGAGCAAGAAGUAGCAUUAACCGCUUACAGGACUUAAUGAGGUGAAAAAGUUUCCAUACUGUUGCCAAGAGGUCAGAGAUGUGUGUAGUCUGCCAUUCCUGUUGUACAACAGUUUGAGCUGGACUGAGCUCUAUGGGUCAGCCAAAUGGGGACUUAGGAGACUGAGGAUGGGAUUGACAGUCAGUAGAGAGGACACUUAGCAUGUGAGAAUCUCUCAGACAUAGCACAUGGAAGAUGAACACAUUCAAGACUCUAAUUGUGUGGUUAAUUCACCCUGGUUGGUUGUGCCAAAGGGUUUCCAGGUGGUUUGAGGUUGAAUUAUAUUUUUGUUUGGUUCGUUUUCCUGCCCCUUACCAGUGGUGUAAAGUACUUAAGUAAAAAUACUUUAAAGUACUACUUAAGUAGUUUUGGGGGGUAUUUGUACUUUACUGUUUAUAUUUUUGACUACUUUUACUUUUACUUCACUACAUUCCUAAGGAUAAUUAUGUACUUUUUACUCCAUACAUUUUCCCUGACAACCAAAAUUACUCGCAUUUUAAUGCUUAGCAGUACAGGAAAAUAGUCCAAUUCACACAUUAAUCAAGAGAACAUCCCUGGUCAUCCCUGCUGCCUCUUAUCUGGCGGACUCACAAAUCACAAAUGCUUAGUUUGUAAAUGAUGUUGGAUUGUGCUUCUGGCUAUCCGUAAAAAAGAAGAAGAAAAUUGUGCCAUCUCGUUUGCUAAACAUAAAUUAUUUAUACUUGGGGUACUGUGUGUACUUUUGAUACUUAAGAAUAUUUUUAAGGAUCAAAAGUCAAAGUUUUCCACCACUGCCCCUUACCCAGAACCCUCUGUGUCACUGUCACCCCUGACUGGCCCAUGCUUGAGGAGAAUGAGGCUCAUCCAUCUGAUCUGGGAUCUAACCUCGGAACAAUACCCCUAUUUCUCCUGGUCUGCUGCAAUAUGUCUAUCUGGGGUCUAUCCCACUCUGUUUUCUACUCCAAGCAUCAUAAAAAGGAACGCUUCUGUCUAUGCAUGCCUUUUAAUGGGAGUUGAGAUUGAUUGCAUUUUUACAGUGCCUUCAGAAAGUAUUCAUACUCCUUGACUUAUUCCACAUUUUUUUACAGCCUGAAUUCAAAAUGGCUUAAAUAUUUUUUUCUCACUCAUCUACAGUACACACAAUGCCCCAUAAUGACAAAGUGAAAAUAUUUUGUUUUACAUUUUUGCUAACUUAUUGAAAUAUAUAUAUACAGAAAAUAUCUCAUUUACAUAAGUAUUCACACCCCUGAGUCAGUAGUUUGUAGAAGCACUUUGGCAGCAAUUACAGCUGUGAGUUUUUGUGGGUAUGUCUCUAAGAGCUUUCUACACUUGGACUGUGCAAAAUGUACCCAUUAUUCUUUUCAAAAUACUUCAAGCUCUGUCAAAUUGGUUGUUGAUCAUUGCUAGACAACAAUUGUCAGGUCUUGCCAUAGAUUUCCAAGUAGAUUUAAGUGAAAACUUGGCCACAUUCACCUGUCUUCUUGGUAAGCAACUCCAGUGUAGAUUUGGCGUUGUCUUUUAGGUUAUUGUCCUGCUGAAAGGUGAAUUUAUCUCCCAGUGUCUAGUGGAAAGUAGACUGAACCAGGUUUUUCUUUAGGACUUAGCCUGUGUUUAGCCCCAUUCUGUUUAUUUUUUUAUCCUGAAAAACUCCCCAGUCCUUAACGAUUACAAGCAUACCCAUAACAUGAUGCAGCCACCACUAUGCUUGAAAAUAUGGAGAGUGGUACUCAGUAAUGUGUUGUAUUGUUUUAAAAACAAAAAGUGCUUUGUCACAUUUUUUGCAGUAUUACUUUAGUGCUUUCUUGCGAACAGGAUGUAUGUUUUGGAAAAAAUGUUUCUGUUCAGGCUUCCUUCUUUUCACUCUGUCAAUUGGGUUAGUGUUGUGGAGUAACGACAAUGUUGCUGAUCCAUCCUCAGUCUUCUCCUAUCACCCGCCAUUAAACGCAGUAACUGUUUUAAAAUCAC